AUGAGUGUCUUUCAACGUUUAUUCGGCAAGUCAAAUAAAGAAGACCCAAAAAAUAUAUCACCUAGUGAAGCUAUUCAACACUUAUCCAAUGUUGAAGAAACUCUUAAUAAAAAACAAGAACAUUUAGAAUCUCAAAUUGAGGUUGAAAAAGGUAAUGCAUUACUUUAUUCAAAACAAGGCAAUAAACGUGCUGCUUUAAUGGCUUUAAAACGAAAGAAAAAAUAUGAAAAAGCUUUAAUUCAAAUAGAUGGAACUUUAACAACAUUAGAAAUUCAACGAGAAACUUUACAAAAUGCAUCCAGUAAUAUGGAAAUUUUACAUGUUAUGAGACAAGGAGCUAAUGCUUUAAAAAAAGCCAAUCAAAACUUAGAUAUUGAUGAUGUUCAUGAUUUAAAGGAUGAAUUAGAUGAACAACAACAUAUUGCUGAAGAAAUCGCAAAUGCAAUAUCAACACGACCAUCAGGAAUGUCAGAUUUAUAUGACGAAGCUGAUUUAGAAAGAGAAUUAAACGAAUUAGCUGAAGAAGAUAUGCCGAAUGUUAAAUUAUUACCAGAUGUACCCAGAACAAAUACAGUUAAGCAAAAGGAAGAUUUAUUACGAGAACUUGAACCAUCACUUUCAUAA